AUGCAGCCGCCGGCCCUCCCUGCGCCGCCCACCACCAUCCCAUAUAACCCGCGCAAGCGAGUCACCCCAGCCCUGUCCAUUCUCAAGCCCAUGUCCCAUGCAGAGAUGGCCAUGUACAAGCAGUACCAUGGCAAGGGCACGUCUUGUCUCACAAAGCGGAAACGAGAGCCAAGUGACGACGGCUCAGACGCCCGCAACAGGCCUCCAGCUAAAAAGGCUGCCGGCGAUGUGGGCAUGGUCAUUGAUCACUACAACUCCCGUCCAGAAGUCGGUGUCUUCCAACGCCUCGAAUCACCCAUCAUCGGUCUCAAAAAUUUCAACAACUGGGUCAAGUCCGUCCUCAUCUCCCGUUUCGCACAUCCCGCCCUUCACCAAAAACCUCAGCAACCCUCAGGCCCUGGUAGAGGACAUAACCAACAGGCCGGUAAAGUACUUGACAUGGGAUGUGGGAAGGGUGGGGACCUGUCCAAGUGGGCGAAAGCAAAAGUACGAGACUACAUCGGUGCUGACAUUGCUUCUAUAUCUAUCGAGCAAGCUCGGCAACGAUGGGAGUCACAACGAGGAGCUCGGUUCAAUGCAACAUUCGCAGCGCUAGAUUGUUACACACAGCCGCUCAGCCAGGCCUUUUCAUUAGAUCUGCUACGGCAGCCCUUUGAUGUGGUCUCUAUGCAAUUUUGUAUGCACUACGCCUUUGAAACCGAGCAGAAGGCACGGUGCAUGCUCGAUAAUGUGAGCCGGUGGUUACGACGGGGGGGUGUCUUCAUUGGUACCAUACCAAAUGCUGAACAAUUACUCCAAAAUCUGGAUGAUCUCCCUCCCUCUACCGAAGAUUUGACCUUUGGUAACUCUGUGUACAAAAUCCGUUUCGAGGAUAGGAAGCAUAGACCUGUUUUUGGCCAUAAAUAUUGGUUCUUUCUCCAGGAUGCAGUUGAAGAUGUCCCAGAGUAUAUAGUCCGUUGGGACCCUUUUGUACAGCUAGCUUCAGAAUACAACCUGUAUCCGGUAUAUAAAGAAGAGUUUCAUCAUGUAUUCGAAGAACAUCAAGAACAUCCAGAGUUUGGUCCCCUGAUGGUACGGAUGAAGGUAGUCGACGCCAACGGCGAGAGUUCCAUGGAUGAGGACCAGUGGGAAGCUGCUAAUAUUUAUAUUGCUUUUGCUUUUGAGAAGCGGUAG